CAAGAACAGGGAACUUCUAGGAGGGCGACUGAUAAUAAUGCUUGGUACAGUAUCGCAUUUAAAAACAUCCCCACCCCAUAGUUGUAAUGCAAACCUGCAUGCUGAGAAUGUUUCUCAUGCGGAGCCCCAUGAGAAGCAUUCUCUUUUCGCGUUUUGAGAUUUGUCAUGCUCCAAUUAGCAUGGUAUACUGGAUGUGUGAUGCUGCUGAGCUGCCUCAAACAGCACUACACUACGAGUCCAAACUUGUCACGCAAAAGAGCCAAGCCUUGUGGAUUUGUCUAGCCGAUUCCCCAUGUUGACUUUCGGGUGGGGAAAAUUUUACAUAGGAUAUACAGAAGUAGUACUACUAGCAGCCACGACACCUGUAAUAGUCAGCCGCG